GACCUGAAUUCUGGGAGAAGCAACAGCAGGCUAGCAAGUGAGAGGGAGGAACAGGCUGAGGGAAGGGAAGAUAGUUAUUUUACCAACUUUCAGAGUUUUGCUGUGCACUGAAGAGGGGAUGAACUUUGCAGUAGGCUAUAAACCGUUGCUGGGGGACUUGAACACCAUGGAUAACCUGGAGAAGCAGCUCAUCUGCCCCAUCUGCUUGGAGAUGUUCACCAAACCUGUGGUGAUCCUGCCCUGCCAACACAAUCUCUGCAGGAAGUGUGCCAAUGAUGUCUUCCAGGCUUCUAACCCACUGUGGCUGUCGCGAGGCUCCACGACUGUAUCCUCAGGGGGGCGUUUCCGUUGCCCUUCCUGCCGACACGAAGUGAUCCUGGACCGGCACGGAGUUUAUGGACUGCAGAGGAACCUCCUGGUGGAAAACAUCAUCGACAUCUACAAACAGGAGUCUUCCAGGCCUAUCCACACCAAGAUGGAGCAGCAGCUGAUGUGUGAGGAACACGGGGAAGAGAAGAUUAACAUCUACUGCCUGACCUGUGAGACACCCACCUGCUCCAUGUGCAAGGUGUUCGGAGCUCACAAAGACUGUGAAGUGGCUCCUCUACAAAACGUUUAUCAACAGCAAAAGACUGAAUUGAGUGAUGGCAUUGCUAUGCUGGUGGCGGGGAAUGACCGAAUCCAGGCUAUGAUCUCCAGACUGGAGGAAAUUUGUAAAACUAUUGAGGACAACGGGAGGCAGCAGAAGAAGCUCCUGUGCAGGAAGUUUGACGCCCUCUGCAGCGUGCUGGAGGAGAGGAAGAAGGAGCUCCUGCUGUGUAUCACCCGGGAACAGGAUGAGAAGCUGGGCCACGUCAGGGCUCUGUGCCGGCAGCAUGGAGACCACCUGGAGGGAGCAGCCAAGCUGGUGGAGACAUGCAUCCAGUCCAUGGAGGAGCAGCAGAUGGCUGCUUUCCUACAGCAUGCUAAGGAAUUGAUUACAAAGAUGACAGACACUGCCAAAGCGUCGAACAUGGAGAGGCCUGUGCCAGGAUAUGAGAACAUGGAUCAUUUCAUCAUUAGCACUGAAGAUGUUAGUGACAUGCUGAGAACCAUAGACUUCCAACAAGUGUCACAGGGAGAUGACAAUCAAGAGGUAUAUCAGGUUGCGGAGGAAGAAGUAGAGGCCCAGCAAAGCACAGAUGCCCAGGUCCAGUGAAGAACGAAGAGAUGAGAUUGUUUGCUUUUAUAGCCCCAGUCGCAACAUAUCAUUAGCAUAGACAAUGCAAGUCUGCAGUUGUUUUUUCCCUACCCAUAAUGAUGACACUGUUACAGUUCUAUAUGUGGUCUGUGACAUGGACAGUUCACAGUGAUGUCAACAACGGCACAACAUGUUAGAGAUGAUGGGUGAUGUUCUAUACAUGCAAUGGAAUUCUAUACAUUGUAUACAGUUUGUUGUCAAAGGCAUUAUGACAUUUUAGAAAGCCAUAGCACUGUAUUUUUGCAGAAGCUGCUCUUUCACACACUUAUUGAGCUAUCUCAGUGUUAAUAUGAGCAUCAGUGGUAAGUUACCUGUGUUGUGUGCUGUGUCUAGUUAAGCUAACUCUAUAAGUUUAAAUAGCUCAAACUGCUGUGCUGUGUUAUACCUACCAGCAGAGCAGGUACAACCUCUUCUAGGCAUGCCUGCAGAGGUGCAGCUGAAGGAAAUACCUGCAAAGAAAUCAUACUUUCCAUAAUUUACUGGAGUGAGAUAGCAACUGUUGGGUUAUUAUUCUCUGUCACAAAUAAGUAUAAAAAGUUACCCAUAAUUUGAUUAUUUCAUUAAUAAUAAUAAAUUCUAGAAACACCAUCAGUUAUUUGUGCUUAUUAAUGGACACAGAGACACCAGGCAAGGUUAAGACUGUAUAAAAAUGGCUUCAGAAUUAAAAAUACAGUCCAGUUGAAUUGACGUAUGUUAUAUGAAGGAGUUGGCCGAACCGGUACUGGUGAAACCCCUUUAGAUAAGAGUGCAGGUGAGGACUGCAGACUACAAAAUAUGGCAGUGAAAUCCGCACAGAGCGAGAGCUCGCCACAUGCUGAUGCUGGUGGUGGUGGUGGUGGGGCAUGUGUUGCUUGAAACAGGUGGGUAAAAUGCUGGUAGAGGUAAUAAAGAUUCAGAAUGGAUGGAUAUCAGAAAGAAAUGGGGGUGAGAAACUAAAAAGUUAUUUGAACAGGUUAAAAAGUUUGUUUGAAAAGAAAGCUGUGGUUGUCUCUUUAUCUCCUUAAACAACUGUCAAUCUUUACAGGUUCCUGUUUUUAUUGAUGUUAUUUGUAAUAAAGAACACGGUUAUUUAAACAAGGUGACCCACAGUAUGCUCAGCCACUGAUUCACAGGUUUAAUGUUAAACAUCCAGACUGAUGAAUUCCAUGUACAACAGCAUUAAUUUCUAAAUACACUGUAAUUGUACAGUGUAAAACAAAAUAAUCAUUAUGAAUAAAAACAUAAUUGUGUCCAUAAUUGUCUUUGCUUCUCUGAUUAGUUUGACAUCGUGACAUCCUGUAUAGAAGGGAUGUUCGAACAGUCUGGGGUGAAGCGUGUGUUCAUGAUGGACAGACACAGUUCAGCCAUGCAGUAUAGUGAAACUACUCCUGAAAUGUGGUCUUUUGGCCUAUGGUUCUGAAAAGGUCAAUAUAAUGGACUACCUGCCUUCACUUCAGAUUAUUGUGUUUGACUCCAAUGUUUGAACAUCGGUUUUAAGGGGAAACAACUAAAAAUGUUUCUGCAGAAUAUACUCUUGUGUUUGUAUUCAAUAUUGUCCAACCCUUUAAAAACAUUUACUGUGGUACCAUACUAAAAGCAUAGUAUAGGCAUGGUAUAAGCACAGGAAACUGAAGAAUUACUGUGAAAUUUACAAUGGUAAACUUAUAUGUGGCAAAGAAAAAAGAACAGUAAAUA